AUGCCGCCUCGGAGAGAAUGCAGCAGCAGCUCAGCAGAUAGCAACAAGAGUGCUCAGCCAAGGCCCUCAAGCCUAUCGCUGCUGGUCCCUCGUACUGCCAGUGUACGGCAGCUCGUCUCAAGGUGGCAAACUCAGCCUGAUCCUUGGCCAUCAUCUUCACUGCCACCAGUUGUGAGAUCUCCACUGCCACCACAUCACGCCCACCUCGCCACUGCUACCAACCAGACCAACGGUACGCUUGCCCCACUCGACUCGACGCCCAAGUAUGGUGUGCCAUCUCCUUUAUCCUUGGACAUCAAACAGCUCCGAUCAACACCUUCGCCACGCUCUCCUCAAUCUGCAAACCCCUUCUCAGACCGCAACGAAGCACCACUCAAGCAUCAAGCCCCCUCGCUGGAUUCGAAUCAAAGACCCCAUCUCAUCCCACUUGGCAAAGUCCAGCCUGUCCAGACCAUCCCUUGGCCAGCAUCUCGCUCCUCGGACGUAGGCCAAUCCAUCACUGCAGCGACUGCUACCGAUGCUCCCUCUGCUCCCUCUGCUCCCAGCAUCGAGGCCGCCCAUCCACUACGACAGCACCUCGAACCACCACCACCACCCAAAGCCCCUCUCGGCAAGACAUCAAGCAGUGCCCACAUCUUUGAUCUUGAUGCCAAAGUCUCCCUCGGUACAGGCAACUACCUUCCCUCCUCCUUCCGCCCUCACAUACCUGAUCAGCCAGCAUCUAUACCCGAGCCUUCCAGCUCACACCUCUCUGCAUCCCCUCAACCAUCAAAGCAAACCUGGUCUGCCGAAGAUCCAAGUAGUAUACCCCUCCUUCCAGCAUCGCCAGUGUCGAGCGGCAUGGUGACCGAUGAGAUUGCCCAGAAUGCCGUCUCUUCCAAUCUUGACCCUGGUACGCUCCCAGUUUCGGCUGACGAGGUGUUUAAGCGCGAUGCAGCUCCCAUCCAUCUUCCUGCUCUCGAAGAGUAUCUCAACGAUCCUAUCAUUUUUGGCGAACCGAUCUUUACCGACUCUCUGCUCGUUUGUACGCAACAGGAGAAGCAGCUCUUCGGCUUGCAAGAUGGUUUUGACGAGCAAUUCCGGCCAACGGAGCCGUCGGCAAAACCACAAGUGCCCAGUCCCAGUUCGAGCAGGUAUCAGAUGAGCAAACCUAAGCACACAUCCACACUUGCUCAGCUUGAAGUGGCUGGUGGUCAGAUCAACUGUCCUGCUUUGCUCUACACUUCCAGCAUCCAGUCCAAGCUCCCGUCCAGGAAAGAGAGCCCGAUUCGACGCCGCCCUCGUGGCGAUGGUCAGCCCAAAGAUCCAGCAGCUGCCCAGUCGAGCCCAUCAAAGAAAAGCAAGAAAGCUCAAUCCUCCGACAUUGAUCCACUGCUCGCUGGAAAAGUAGUCUCGAACCGCAAGCCAGGUCGUAUGGACGAGCAAGACCAAGACGACGACGAUGAUGCUACUGCAGUCGACGCAAAACAACAGCUCGCAAUGCAAACUGACGACGCAGUCCAAGCCGAAAAGGUAGCAAGUCGCAUCUCUGCCCGUCUCACCGAAAGUCACAAUGGCAGUCGUGUCUCUAGCAAGCUAUCCACUCGAGCCAAGCCAAUUACGCGCAAAGAGAUGUUCCCACCACUCAUGCUUCUCAAAGAGAACAACCUUGACGAGCUCAAAUCUAACGCUAUCGGCCCACGCAAGCCACCAGGAGGCAUCUCGGCUGUUGGCUGGCUCGGCAUCAUUUUUGACAUGGUUAUCGGAGUUGAAGGCAGCACCUUUGCAGCCGGCAUUCUUCGUUUGGAGACACUGCGAGAUCUAUUCCAGAUCAUGACGAUCCAACUCAAUUUUCAGCGAUACUUUGACAGCAGUCAUCCCACAACUACCGCCAGCAAAUUCUUCAAGUUCCUUCUGCAGACGCUUCCGGCAAUCCUUGCUUUCGAUCUCGUCUCAGUCUUUGGUUAUGCGGUGAUCUUCUUCCUUAUCUGGAUCCUCAUCACCGCCCUAGCCUUGUGGACAUUCUGGCGCACGACCAAAGCUCACAACCCCAACAAGACUGUAGAGGCAUUCGACUCGCAAGGCUGGAUCUACAAGAGCUCUUCUCGAGGAACGCGCUUCGCCAACACAUGCUUAGUGUUCCUCUUGGGUUUGCUGUAUUUGCCGCUCAGCAAGCUUGCAAUUGAUGCUUUGGUCUGGUCAAGCGACUUUUGGCCCGUUGCAAAUCCCUACAAGCGUGGAAUCGAUGAUCCGGUCCCCGGCUCACUGCUUGGCGAUCCCGACAUCUGGCGAGCCCCACUCGACUUUUGCUAUACUACGACGAUGCGCAAAGAUGCCUUCAACUACGCAUACGUCAUCAUCCCACUAGCUCUCCUGACCAUCAUCUUUUACACCCUCUGGUAUCCAUUCAAACUGAUGAUGACGAUCAAAGAGAUGCUCCCCCACGUUAGCCCCUUCAACGAGCUCGGUCGCAAACGUAGUCAAGAAGAAAUGCACAUCUACUACCAUCGUCUACUCAACCGCGACAAAUCUCCCUUCAACUUUCUCUACAACUCCUACCAUCGCAAAUGGGGCUACUACAAACCGCUCUACAUUUUGCUGUUCAAGUUUACCAACUUGAUCAUCAUUGGUGUUCUUGCCAAAGAUAAUUGCCUUUUCCGCUCCUUUCCCACACGAACUAUGCUCGUCGUUCAGCAAAGCACGUUGAUUCUCGUCAUGGCUUCCUUACUGGGUGUCCAUCUGUUCAUCAAGCCCUUUGUAGACAAGAUUGGCAAUCGAUCAGAAAUGGUCUCUCGUAUCGGAUACGUGCUAACCGCCACCAUCGGUCUGCUUGUCGCGCUCAACGUGCAAGGUUCCACCGUAUACAACACUACGAUUCUGUACAUUGUCCAAGCCUUCACCUAUGGAGGCAACAUCUACUUUUCACUCAUCGGCAUGUCUUUUGUCGCCCAUCAAGUCAAGCGGUGGCAGAAUCGCGUUGACUACACCAUUGACCUUUUCUCUCCCCUCCUCGAUAUCACCAAACACAUCAAGCGUCGGGUAUGGCAAGAAACCCUGUCAAUCCUCAUCCUUUGCGGCCCGCAGUAUCACAUGCCUCUCGAACAGGUCAUUGCCUUUUCCGUAUCAGACCAAAACAGUUGGCCGUCGUACCUGAUCGAUUUCCAAGGCUCUGUCGCUGAACGUCACAUAGAAAACCUGAAGAUCGUCAAACAGAUUGGCAUCGAAGCGUAUCGUCGAGAGGUGCACUUCUGUCGGACUCAGGAGGGGAUGUAUCGCGAGAAGUUGAUCAGGACGAUUCAACGAGAUUUUACCGGUCCGGAUGCCUACUGGCGACCACAGGAACCGCCUUUUCCGUCGGGAGUCAUGUCUUUCUUUGGAAAGGCUUUUCUCGUGCCCUUCCCACCGACACUGGUGCUGCGGUACGAUGAGGGCAACAUCCAAAGCGUGUCUCUGACCUGCGUCAAAGAGUUGGAAGCAUACAUCGAACAGAACUCUGAUCCGCAGGUGAGGAACAAAAAGAUGGUCCGUCAAGCUUUACGCGCUCUUGAAGGCCAGAAAAUCUUCUGUCCCUACGUCGAGAAUGUUCAGGUCGGAGACGCUUCGAGUGGGAUGGCUUUCCUAGACAAGAUGUUGGGUCGAAUUUCCCGUCGACCUCGCUCACUACCCCGGUUUGGAAUUCUUCAAGCAGCAAAGGAGCAGUCGGAAUACAUUCUUGCAACGCCAGUAUCUUUCGUCGAAGGUACCCUCAAAAUCGAGAGGAGCAACGAAUUUGAUUGGGCAGGCUACAACUUUGACAGGGGAUUCCAAGUCUCGAUCGUUUACGAGGAGGGGAAGAUGAAGGAAUCUACCGGAGCGCUCACCUCGAUCCGGCAGCAGGUCAUUGUCAGUGCAUCACGCGCAUUCGGUCUUACUGAAGACUUCGAAAUGAACCCUGCCCUUUCUCGUUUCUUACAAGACAACGAACGAUUGCUGGUGGAACGCGCACCGAUGGUCGAGAAGCUUCUUCGCAAGUAUCGUCGUAAUUUCGAGCGUGAGGCACGAUGGAAGCAUAGGAUUCUACCCUACUCGUUCCUAACUGAUGUAUUUGACAAUGAUGGACUUUCACCCCUGGGACUCGGCAUGGCUUUGGUAGAAACUGGAUGCGCUCGAUCGAUGCGCAAUCUACCCAUACUGUACGAAGGGUGCGUGACGUUAAUGUACGAACGCCUCGCAGCCAUCAACCGCACUCCCGUUCAUCGAUUCUGGUGGCUUCUAUUCGACGAACUCUGGCGACUCAAUUGCAAAGACUACUCCCUUCUCCGCAAAUACCGUCGAUCGUUCUCCCCGCAAUACCCAACUUGUAUCGCCUACAGACCCAUGACGAGAGCAGAGUUGGAAAAGUUUUUGGCCGAGAGAGGAUUGUGGAAGAAAAACGGUUCGACGGGCGGACCGUUCAACAGAGGUCUGUUGAAUAGGAUCUACUUUUACCUCAACGAAAUCGUUUUUGCGCGACACCACGAUGGAAGGCUACUAAACCGAGGUAGAGUUUGGUCGGAUCCUCAACAUCAACCCGGACGUUGGCAGGGAGAGAUUUCUGAUGCUCAGAAUCCGGACAAUCCGUUCUUAGAUCCCGUGGAUUCAAGCUUGCGUCGCGCAGCAACGAUCAAAGUCGGGUUGGGACACGAUGCCACCCAAGCAACAAGGAGGGAUUUUUCCACUGUCGAUGACCAACCUUGCUCCCCGCACCUUUUCCCUGGUACCUUGCGCUCCUCUUCUCAUCUUGAAUCUGGCACUAAGCGCGGAAACAGAGAAGAGAGGUGGUGGGGUAUGACAACAAACCCGUCGCUCACGCCCUCGCAAUACACUGGUGGAGGAACGGCCUAUUCGAACGACUCUGUUAUCGUUCGUACCGCCUAUCGGUGGGAACAGAGGAUGGAUGGAUACCGCACGGAUACUAGCUGGCAUAGGUUUAGAGUGAGGGCUUUGCAAUGGUUGAGUUUGCACCCAGUAGAGGUGAAGUUCGAGAGGGAGAAGCUGUAUUUGUAUCUCAAAUUGGUGGAUGAAGGGGAUGGAAAGAAAAGGUAUGAGUUGUUCAAAAGCUAA